ACUGUAGUAGAGGAAACCAAAAGAAGAGAAGAGAAGAAAAGAGAAGAGACAAAUGGGCGGUUUAGAGAAUGGAGCCACCAAUAACCAAAACUCUUCUCCGACGACAACUAAGCCCACAAAGACAAGUCUCUCACCGGAUUCCAUGAUCAAUCUAGAUCAGGGAGAUCCAACGUUGUUCGAGCCAUUCUGGAGGAAAAUGGGAGACAAGUGCACGUUGGUGAUUGAGGGGUGUGAUUUGAUGAGCUAUUUCAGUGAUAUUAGCAACAUUUGCUGGUUUUUGCAGCCACAACUUGGUGAUGCCAUAAAGCGACUGCAUCGUGUUGUUGGAAAUGCAGUAACAGAGGAUCGCAACAUCGUGGUUGGGACAGGUUCAACACAGCUCUUAAUGGCUGCUCUGUAUGCUCUCUCUUCUCCCGCUGAUCGCCACCCCGUCAGUCUUGUAGCUGCUGCUCCGUUUUACUCGGGAUAUAAAGAUCAGGCAGAAUUCCUGCGUUCAGGACUCUAUAAAUGGGAGGGAGAUGCGCACACCUUUGAUAAGGAUGGACCUUAUAUUGAGGUCGUAACCUCGCCGAAUAAUCCUGAUGGUGCUAUCCGAGAAGCUGUGGUGAACCGUGGGGAAGGGAAGCUUGUCUAUGACCUUGCCUACUACUGGCCACAAUACACGCCUAUCACUCAACCCUUGGAUCAUGAUAUUAUGCUGUUCACAUUUUCCAAAUGCACUGGACAUGCUGGUUCCCGGAUUGGCUGGGCACUUGUAAAGGAUAAAGAGGUAGCUAGAAAGAUGACUGAAUACAUGCAGAUCAGUUCCAUCGGUGUAUCUAAAGAAUCUCAGAUUCGAGCUGCAAAGAUUCUUGGAGUGCUUGGCGAAGGUUGUAGGACUGCUGAUUCAGAGAACUUCUUUGAGUAUAGCCAUAGCAUUCUGAAAGAAAGGUGGGAGAGAUUGCGAAAUGUUGUCAAGAACAGCAGAGUCUUCAGUCUGCCAAAGUACCCACGAGAUUACUGCAACUUCACUGGAAAGUACAUGGAUUCAAAUCCUGCUUUUGCAUGGUUGCACAGCAAGGAGGAUAUAGACUGGGAGAGUCGUUUAAGAGAGCAUAAGAUAAUAGCAAGAAGUGGGGAGCGGUUUGGGGCUAGUCCAAAGCAUGUCAGAAUAAGCAUGUUUAGUCCACCAGAAGCCUUUAACCUUUUCUUGGAGAGGUUAUCAGCAAUCAUCGACAAUACCAACGGAAAUGUAGUGACUUGAUACAUGGGACGAGAAGAAAGCUCUAUCAUCAAAUAAAAUGUUCUUAUCACGCCAGUAUUAGAGAACAUUAAGAGGACACAGUAGGAUCUAGGCUAACUAGGGAUACAGGGUAGUUCAUACUCGUACAUCCGAUGGUUUAUUCAAAUUUUAAUGCGAUGUAGAUUGCUACGCCUUUGAUUCUAUGUAAACACGGAAUGGGAUGUAUAAUUUAUAUGAACUGUUGCCAAUAUAAUAGACGUGUUUCUUA